GAAGAGAAGGUGGGUAUGGACGUCGUCGACGGGGGCGAGCUCUCCGAGUAACAGUCCGGGGACAACAACACUACACACAACUAACACUAUGGACACACAAAGAACACUACACAAGCACCUACACACAAACACACACACAAACAUAUGCCAAGUAAACCUCCAACACUGCAAGGACGCUAUGUCUGAGCUAGGACAAUAUGUUAGGAGGGCCAAAGUUGAAAUAGCACUGCUGCAAGAACCUUAUGCAUGGAGAAACCGGGUGGCAGGCCUGGGACAUCUGGGGGGAGCUCUGUACUAUGAAGGAAAUGAGACCUUGUCGUGGUGGAGACCUACUUCAUCAAUGACGAAGGGAAGAGAUGCAAGGUGGCGCUGGCGUCCUGCUAUCAGCCGGGCGACGCAGAGACACCGACAAAGGAAUUGGAAGAAACGGUUCUGAGGUAUAGAGGUAGGAAUAUACCCCUGAUAGUUGGUUGCGAUGCUAACUCACAUCAUGAGGUGUGGGGUAGCACCGACACCAACGAAAGGGGGGAAUCUCUAUUAGAA